AUGAGCAACGAACAGUUAUUUAAUUUAAUUACAAUAGUUUUGUAAAACAUUACAACUUAAGCAUUCUUAUAAAAAAAAAGUUGCAAACGCCAACGGCAGCAAAAUAUUGGCUGACUGCUGUUAAUAACAGUUUCCCAAAAUGUUAAUUUUUGCCACUUUCCACACUUUGUUUUAUUAAUUAUUAAAAAAAAAAUGGGCAAUGAAAGCAGCAAGCUAAAAGGUAUAAUAAUUGAUAAAAAUGCAGUCGAGGUGAAUGACUUUUGGGCACUAUAUAAUGCCGAGUCACCAACAACGUGUAACGAGGAGGGAGGCGGUGGUCAACUUCUGUCCAUAUUCACUGGUGAAGUUCUAGUGAAAGGCCAACUAUGGGUCGCCCAAGGGCCAAUGGAGCGUGCCAUAAAGAAUCUGAUGAUAUAUCGCCAUCCGUACAUACUCAAAUAUAUGUUCACAUGGGAGCAGUCUGGACAAAAGCAUUUGGCCACGGAACGCGUGAGGCCGUUGAAUGAUGUGUUGGCACAACAGAGCGAUAUACAAGUGUGUUUGGGGCUACGCACCAUACUCUGUAGUUUAAUAUUCCUGAUAGAAAAGGCGAUGGCACGACAUCUCAACAUAUGCACACAAUCCGUUUAUGUGACGGACAAGGGAAGCUGGCGUUUAGCUGGCUUUGAGUACGUCUGGAAGGCCAAGGAGUUGAAUAAACAACUGCUGGAGCUGUCGCAUAGCUUUCGCCAACCGCUUGCCAUCGAUACGGCCAAUAUGGAGCAUGCUUUGGAACAGUUCUCCUUUGCCACACUUUGUGAACAAAUUCUGGAUAAGUGUAAGGAUAGCAAUAACACGGCGGGCACACCGCAUGUACUGGAAUUUCGGGAAUAUUGCAGAACACACUUGAAGCAUCAGAACACUGAGAUGCGUCCUAAGCUGUCGGCCGUGUUAUUACAUCCGUAUUUCAAUCAUGAAUUCGUUUUAAUACAUUCCUUUCUAUUUGAGCUGCCACUGAAAUCCGUGCAGGAGCGACAACAAUUUUUCAGCAGUCUUAUCGAGCGUCUGCGUUGCUUUGAUGAACAGGUUGUUGCUUCCCAACUGGCCAGUGAUCUGCUCUCUCGCAUGGUCCUGCUGGAUCCCACCGCCCAGCAUUGUGUAACGCCAUUUGUGCUGCGUACCAAGACGGAGAAUGGAGCCACAGCACUUUUCUCACCCCAGACGUAUGUGGAGUAUCUCUUGCCACAUGUCCUCAAAAUGUUCCGUCUUCGGGAUGCACAAAUUCGUCUCAUACUGCUGGAUUACUUUAUGGAGUACGUGCGUCUGCUGAGCGAUGAACAGUUGCUGAGUGAAAUUCUACCGCAUUUGCAGCUGGGAAUGAACGAUACCAACGAUGUGCUGGUGGCCAAGACACUGCGUUCCCUCGCCGAUCUCGUGCCCAUUUUGGGUGCGGCAACUGUGCUCGGUGGCGAGCGUAGACGCUGUUUUGCCGAUGGACGACCACAUGCGGCCGUUUCCACAGACAGCACGGCACAGUGGACCGAACCACGAUCCAUUACACCGCUUAUGAAUGGCAGUGCCGUGGAUGCAGUUGACUAUAUGGUCUCCGGAAGUCCCUUACCUGUAGAAAGCAAUGUGGCACCGAUGCCUUUGCGUUUAAGUCCUGAUGGCGGCGAGGAUGAUAAAAGCAUAACAAAUCUAAACGAGAAACCGCUAGAAAUGAGUCAAAGCGGCGGUGCGGAUAGCAAUUCGGACAGCGCAGACAGUUCCACGAGCAGUGCCGCCCACGAGCAGACGCUGGUCAACGAUGAGGAUGAGGCCUGGUCGGAUUGGGAAAACACAGAUGAGCUGCAGCGUCUGCACGUAAAGCAGGAGACUUUGGAUGAGCUGAACCUCAGCAAUGUUGAAACACAAAGCAGCACCUCCACACAGGCCACACAGCCAUCGAUAGCCGACUCUUUCCGCACCGCUUGCUCCACCGCCUCCACAUCUACCACUAAAGCAAUCCCGCCACCGUCAAACCGCAAGCUCAUCGACGAUCUCAGCGCCCUGGACAUCCAAGUGCAACUAACGACGCCGAGUAAUACCACCGAAUCAGCUGAAUUUGAUUUUUUCAAGGACAUGGAGCCGGUCAUCGAGACGAAGCCACCAGCCAGCGAGUCUGAGGUCGUCCAAGUCGAUGCCAGUCGCUUUGCGGCUGCCUCAUCCAACCCCAAUGGACAUGACACAGAUACCGAGGCGGAUCAGGGCUGGGGCCAUGAUGAGGAUGAUGAAGAUGAUGUCGUUUGGGGAAACAAUGCGGAAUCCACCAUUGUCUCUUAGUAAUAUUGUUAAACUAUCAAAUAUACAUGUUAGACUCAUUCUCUGUCGCCAUUUCUUGUUUCAUGUUCUAUCGUCAUAAGUGGCAAUUCUUCACGUUAGCCAGUAGCUAGGGUUUUAAAUUUAAUCUUUUCUCAACUUAAAGAACGCUUCUGUACAUAUCCAUGUAUCUAUCGUGUCGGCAUGUAAUAAAUUCCAAUACGCAAGAGCCGCGUAUAAUUGUAUAAUAUGUAAUCAA